UACUUGCAAAUCUUGGAGAGCCACCUGCACACCCUUGUGUGAAGGGGGUUCUCAGACUUUCAAUUCCACCGACUACCGAGUCACUGACAUAUACUGUGCCGGACCAUCAUGCCUGCACCAGCCGAGAUCCAAGCCGAAACGCUUAACAAAUUCAUCGAGAAGUGGCGAGGGUGGACGGCCGACGGCUUCCUCUCCACCUGGACCGAUGAUUGCACGCAGAAGACGCUGCCUUUCAGUUCCAACGUUCCGCUUCGCACUCGGGCAGAUACGGAGACGCUCUUCCCUGUCCUUAUGGGGCUCAUGUCCAACUUUCAGCUCAUAGUCCACAACGUGGUCCACGAUGCGGCCCACGGCAAGGCCGUCAUAUACGCCCUUACCAAGGCCGACACCCCCUUCGGGCCGUACAACAACGAGCACGCUCUCUUUUUGUGGUUUGACGAGAGCGGUAGAAAGGUAGCCAAGAUUGAGGAGAUGUUUGACGCUAUUGUGAUGAAGGACUUCCUCCCCAAGCUCGAUGCGUACGUAGCGCAGCAGAAGACGGUGCGGGCGGAAGCUUGAUUGGGCCGCUUAUCUGGCUGAUGCAUGAGUGUACAUACGGUACAUGUAGCCAGCCAUCGCGAACGCAGACGGGACGUAACAAUGCAUGUGUUCACUGUUACUAGUAGUUGUCUUGCGUUCAGCGGAGGGAGAUUGAGCUGCCCUGCCUGCUCGAUUCAGUUUCAAGUCUUUGUCCACCCAAACUUGGAAGCAUAUGUGCCCAUACCUGCGGCUUCCACCAGGUAUUGCAAGAAGAAUACGCCAUGAACUACGUUGGUAAACUUGAAUUCCUACCUACUGAGCGCA